GGCUUCAUCUACACUACUUGAUCAGUCUUAGACACCGAUCGGAGCACCAGGGACAGUGCACAUCUGACAGAAUGAGGUGGCUGUGGUUCAGUUGUGCGGCUCUGGCGGUAUUUAGUGUAAGCGCGCUUGACGCUCUGGAGGACUUGCCCUGGUGGAAAACCGCCGUUUUCUACCAGGUCUAUCCGCGCUCCUUUAAGGACAGCGAUGGCGAUGGCAUUGGAGAUUUAAAAGGAAUUACACAAGUUGCCGACUACUUUAAGGAGAUCGGAGUAGAUGCCAUCUGGAUGAACCCCAUCCUCAAGUCACCCAUGGCUGAUUUUGGCUACGACAUAUCAGACUACACCGAGAUAGACCCAAUCUUUGGUACUAUGGAAGACUUUGAGGGGCUAGUCACAAAACUUCGAGAUAUAGAUGUAAAGUUGGUCCUGGACUUUGUCCCCAACCACUCCAGCGACGAACAUCCAUGGUUCAACAUGUCUGUCAACAGAGUCCCAGGAUACGAGGACUUCUACGUCUGGAAAGAUCCCAAAUAUUCUCCAAGUAAUAAGACUGAACGAGAACCACCAAACAACUGGAUCAGCCUGUUCGGCAACUCCGCUUGGCAAUGGUGCCCUGAACGGCACCAGUACUACUUACACAAGUACCUCAUCAAGCAGCCUGAUCUGAACUACAGGGACAAUGCUGUCAAGGGAAAUAUGACGGCCGUGAUGGAGUUCUGGCUGAACAAAGGCGUUGAUGGGUUCAGAAUGGACGCGGUGCAGCAAAUCUAUGAAAAUAUAACAUUCCCUGAUGAACCCCCAGUGAACGGCACUGCUGGAGAUACUUACGACACCCAACAACACAACUUUGAGACCAAUCAGCCUGAAACCUUUGCGUUGCUCAAUGAAUGGGCAAAACUAGUCUACGAUAUGGUCCAACGUGAUGGCAGACAAAGAGCAUUGUUUCUGGAAGUCUACGAUACCAUCCCAGCAACGAUAGAAUAUUACGGAACCGGAAAUGAGAGUUUGUCGUUUCCCUUCGACUUCCAGCUGUUGACAGAAGGCAACCAGACGACACGUCCGGCAGAAAUCAAGCAGAUUAUAGACGAGUGGAUGACGUCUAUGCCUGCUGGCGGCGUUGCCAACUGGGUGGUCGGUAACCAUGACAACGGCAGAGUCGCUGACCGCUACGGACACGAGAUGGUCGACUCCAUCAACCUCCUUACCGGCGUGCUGCCAGGUGUCCAGGUGGUCUACUACGGCGAGGAGAUCGGCAUGCAGAACACCUUCGUCCUCUUUGAUCAGACCGUGGACAAUUCCGGACGGAAGUUAGGGCCUUAUCACUACACGGAAGGCUCCAGAGACCCUGAACGCACCCCCAUGCAGUGGGACGACUCCCCUAAUUGUGGUUUUUCAACCAACGCCACAACUUGGCUGCCUGUGAACCCCAACUACUGGUGGCUCAACGUCAAAGCACAAAUGGCGGCAGAAUCAAGUCAUCUUAAGAUAUUCAAGGAAUUGGCUGCAGUAAGGAAAGAUCCCGUCCUGCAAAGAGGAGAUUAUGGCGUCCUUGUACAUGAAAAUGAUACCCUGAUUGUUGUCCGGAGUUACAAUGAGUCAUACUUCGCUCUGAUCAUCAAUAUGGGCAGUGAAAUUCUCACCUAUACAUCUGAGAAUCUUUUCUCUCCUCACAAUCUCAACAUCGACAUGACGGUGGUGCUCGGCAGCAUGAACUCCGGACUUAGCAAGGGGACAAAUUUGAAGAAGGAUUCCUUGAGCGUGACUCUGAGACCGAAGGCCGCUGUUCUGCUGAGGUCUGGCUCAUCUGCAACGUCCUCCAGUGCUCGGCUUUACGUCACCACCGCCCUCCUCAUCUGUGGUCUGCUAGCGUUACUCUUCAAAUAAAUCAUCUCAGUUGAGCAGAUCAUAGCAUAUUUAUCUCGUAUCAGUUGUAUUAUAAUGAUCCUCAUUUUGUAAAUAUUCAGUAAAUAAAAAUAUUGUUAAGAAAGA